AAACACCAAGAAAGAAAGAAGAACAAACCUACUGAAAGCAAGACAGAUAGGUAUAGAGAAAUAUACCUAUUGCGGCACGUGAUACUGUACUCUACCUUCAGGACUGAAACGGCACGGAACGAAUAGAGAACGUCGAACUCGCGUUGUCGCUAUACACACGCUUACUCACUCUGCGGCUUGUCGGGUAGCCCUAGAGUAGCGAACAAAGCCUUCUAUUGUUCGAACGUGACGUAUCAGACAAACAAGACAAACAAGACAAACAAGGAGAGCUGCUCUUACGGGGGAAACUAUACGUUGAAGUUCAAGUUAAGCGUUGCCAGUUCUUCGGGGCUCUUGGAUUGACUACUAGGAGGUAGAACGAAGAGAGAGAGAGAGAGGUGAAGAGAGAGAAAGAUUCAUUGUCCAGCAAAAGUAUCCUCGUCGGACCAUCGGCAAGCGACCUUUCCACGUGCUCGCGGGUUUCGACCACACACAUGUCUCGAAAUCCUCCUCAUCAUACGAGCGGUCUGGUAAAACGCGUUAUCAGGACGUUAAUCGAUGUCCGAUCCUCCUCCCCCGGUGAGCUUUCACCAUGCAUGAAGUCGUUGUUGCCCGGGCGGCAAACUCGGGCCGCGUGGCAAGGGAGGGUGUACGGUGGUGAUGGGGGGAGUACUACUACCACAACUCGUGCAGCAGCCAUGUUUGUCGAGAGACCGUUGGCCAACGCUCUUGUUGCUUCCAGACGAGCAAACUUGAGGGAGUUUGUUGGUUCGAGAAGAUUUUGGGCAAACUUGGACAGUAUAAGAAGAAGAAGAACGAUGGCUACACUUGCAGACGAUGCACCAGUGUACAGAAGAGAUUCCGCAAUGUCGGAUUUGCACAGCACGUAUGAGGCUGUGGUGGUGGGAGCAGGACCGGCGGGGAUCGUAUCUGUGGGAAAUUUGUUGGAGAAGCAAGUCGGCAAUAUUCUCUGGGUGGAUGAGACUUUUCAAGGAGGCAGAAUCAAUCAGUACUACCGCGAAGUGCCUUCGAAUACCAAGACCAAGCUCUUUUUGGAGUUUGCGGAAUCGGUUACUCCGUUUCGGAAUAUUGUGAGCGCUGGUAGCAGCAAAGAUUUACUCCAAGAUAUUCGAAAGCUGGACCAGGAGAAAGGUUGUCAACUCAGCCACGCAGCAGAUAUCUGCCUCAUGCUCACCUCCGGCCUCAAGAACACUCCCGGCGUCACAGCGCAACCCGGCCGCGUCACAUCCGCCACUCUCGACGAGCGUUCUCAAACCUGGAACGUCAACCUCACCACCCCAACCCAAUCCUCCUCCUCCUCCUCCACACCCCUCGAGCCCAUCCGCACCAAACGCCUCAUCCUCUGCACCGGCUCCACCCCCCUCGACCCACCCCUCCCCUACGAACCUCCGGGGCUCAAACACAUCAACCUCGACGACGCCUUAUCCCCCACCACCCUCCGCACCCUCCUCACCCCUCUCUCCAGCAGCCGCACACCAACAACCAUUGCCGUCAUCGGCGCCUCCCACUCCGCCAUCCUCGUCCUCAUGAAUCUCUCCCACAUCAUCUCCUCUUCCCCUCACCUCAACCUCAACGUCAAAUGGUUCACCCGCCACCCUCUCCGCUACGCCGAAUACGACUCUUCCGGCCACGUUUCCGCUCGCGAUAAUACCGGUUUGAAAGGUCAAGCUGCUGUGUGGGCGAAGAAGAAUCUCGAACCGUUGUUUUCUUCUUCAUCCUCCUCAUCCUCAUCCUCCUCCUCAACAACAACAACAACAGUAACCUCGGUAGCGAACGGCAAAAUCCAAAUGAUUCGAUACAAAAAAGGCGACGAAGAAAGUGUCUAUCGAAAAUAUCUUCUCGAGAAAGAACAAGAAGAAAAAAUCCCCUCGCCAAAAUUCCUCAUCCAAGCAAUCGGAUACGUGAAAAAUCCCCUUCCUACUCUCAGCAUCAUCAUUCCCAAAGGCCACACAAACGCAAACGCAAAAAACGAAGAACUCUUCAUAAACCCAAUUUUCGAUCACGACAAAGGAAUAUUCUCUUACAUUCCCAACACCACUCCGAAGAAUGAGAUGUCAAAGAAUCGACAAAUCCCCGGCCUCUACGGCGCAGGAAUAGCUUUCCCGCAAAAAAUCUUGGACAAGAAAUAUUUGCACGAGGAAAUGAAUGUGGGGUUUAUGAAGUUUAUGAAGGCUGUCAAGGGGUGGGUUGGAGGGUGGAAGGGGGUUGGGGGGGAGUAAGAGGGGAUGGAGGGUGUUGGAUGGGGGGAUGGAAAUGGG